CGAACCUCAUCGCCGUUUACCCGUGUGUUCCUCGUCAUGCCAGGAAUUGCUUCACCGAUCUUCGCUAGGGCUCACCGCAGGCCCUCCGAGCUCCCAGCCGAAGCCUGGAAGGCUUUCGAGGAAAACCAACGGGAUUCCAACAUCAUGUUCCCUCAUGCCAUCGAGUCCCUCGCAGCGGAGAAGCGAGGGAACCUCAUCGAACAUGAACUUUGGAUCACUAUCUGGAGUCGUCGGCCGGGGUCGACCGACACUCUCGACUUCGUGCUCGCCUGCACGGAGGGACCGAUCGACUCCUAUCCCAUAUUCAUCUUUGCUACCUCACCCCACGAGGACUUGACGGAAGAUCACGUCUCGCCUUGCAUGGAUACACUCGUCUCUGCAUUAUCGGUAGAGGUGCCGACAGAGCGCGUAUUCUCUGUGUUUGGUCCCAGAGCCGUCACGAUAUCAUUUGUCGAGUACUGGACCGAGAAGACGGGCGUGGAGCUCGACAAUGAACCUGAAUACUACCGUGCAACGUUUUCCUCCUGCACUCGGGCGACCUUCAAGCCUCGAUCUUUGACUGUGGACCCUCAUCUGCGAUUCGAGCUGCGGCCCGCAGUGGCGGCAGACGCCGAGGCUGUCGCGGAACUCUGCUUCUUGUUCGCGGAGGACUCGGAGCCCUUUGUUCUGACUCGGGAAGAAGGCUUUGCGGAGGCUGUGGAAUACAUCCGCAAUCAGCAGAUAUGGGUGCAUGAAAUCAGCGAGGAUGGCGGUCAGUCGGCGAUCGCUUCCAUUGUCGCUGUCACGCGGAGCAGUGACAAGGUUGCCGCCAUAACGAAAGUAUACACCAACCCGGAAUGGCGCAGUCGUCGCUGCGCGGAGCGCCUAGUUAGACAUGUAUGCGGGCAGUUACUGCGAAGCGGUAAAGAGGCGGUCGUGUUGUACGUUGCGCUGAGCAAGCCUGCCGCAAGAAAGGUGUACCAUCGCGUCGGAUUCGUCGGCCUCAGCGAAUCUGAGGCCCCACAGGAGGACGGCAGCGAGUGGUUAGAGCUUGGAUUCGACAGACGGCGAGUGAAGCUCGGCCAUUGGUGAGGCGGAGCCAACAGGCGUUUAUCACACAUCAAGCAAAUUCCUAGUAUAUAGCAUUAACCAUCACCACGGAUUUCCGCAUUUUGGAUCGUCACCACUCAAUCACAAUGUACUUGGGCAUGAAUUCGGACCACCGCUUUAACGUGUAAUGCAAUGAUACCAAAGCAUC